GCGUGCGCGACACGUUGCACGUUGCUCGAGCACAAGUAGGACGCGAGCACGGCGAGUCGCGAGUCGUCGCGUCGCGGCGUCGUGGUGCUUGCCGUAGACGGAGAGGCGCGUCUCCUUACAGGAGCACAGCUGGCGCGGAUCACGGGUCAAGAUGUGAGCUGUUGAAGCGCGGGGAUGUCGCGCUAGAGCAGAGCGGGCCCAGGCCGAGAGAGAGAGAGAGAGAGAGAGAGAGAGAGAGAGAGAGAGAGAGAGAGAGAGAGAGAGAGAGAGAGAGAGAGAGCGAGAGCGAGAGCGCAAGACCGGGAGUAAAGGCACAAAGAGAGGAACAGAAUAGAUAGAACAGGAAAGAUAACAUAUAUGUACACUAAUAUAUAUACACACACACACACAUAUAUAUAUAUAUAAAAAAAAAAAUAUAUAUAAAAAAAUAUAUAUAUAUAUAUAUAUAUAUAUAUAUAUAUAUAUACAGAGGGAGUGUGUGUUCGUGUGAAGGUAAGUAGGUGGAGAGAACAAACGGACAAAAGUAAAAGCGAGAGUGAGAGAGGAAACGGAACGAGGAUCGGGCCUGGCACACAUGAGGGUAGAAUACAGAAAUGGAGUAGCUCCUAGAAAAAGGGGAUCGAUCGGUUGGCCGAUAGAUGCGACAAUGAAGGACAUCAGACUAGGUCUACAACUUUGUGAUUCGUGUGACAUGAUACAUCUUUCUCGGGAAGAUGUCCUGAGGAAAGACGUCUUGAUGCGUAGACUCGCAUUUGCGCUUUGAAGGUGAUGCGCUAUAAAUAGAAGAGCCUUGUUAGCGGCUGCACAACGUACGCGACCUGUUCCGCUGUACCAGAUGCAUCAGUAUCACCGUGGUCUGAGCGCUCAAAAAUGGCGUCAGGAUUACCGAAUGUUCAUCAAAAGAAGCUUGGACCAGCGCCGAUAGCAUCCUUUGAAGACUUAUCCGAGGAUGUGGAAAACGGAGAAUCAGCGGCGGCAGCUGCGGCGGCGGCGACAGCGGCGGCGGUAACGACAGGGCGAAUGCCGGGUAUCGUCGAAGUCACCACACCGGCAACGCCUGGUAGUUCGCUCAAGACGCCUAGCACGCCGCGAAUUGAUAUCAGUAGGGCCAGCAGUUCGUCUCAUCAUGAGGACAGCAAUUCCAGAGAUUCAUCGCCCGAACGAGAGCUUCUCGCAGGUACGGAACCUCCGGCCGGUUGCAAGCUGACGUUGGGCUACAAGGAGGAUGCCCAAGAUCUCAGAUCUUCUACGGAGGAGCUAGAUUUACAGGAUCCAGUUCACGAACAGGACCGCAAACGAGAGUCCAAAAGACGGAAACGGAAGGAGGUCGACGGAUCCCAAUCGGAUUACAGCGGCAAGCAGCCGGGACAGGAUCGUGAACGCAAGGACAGUAAUUGCUCGGAGAUAUGUUUGCUCAACAUCAGCGGUAGAACGUCUAGGCUGUCGUCGGUCGGUAGUCAAGGCUCUGGCGUCUCUGGAAAGCUCUCGGUCAUGUCAGCGACUUCUUCCAGAUCCCCCAGUCCUCACAAGUGUUUACUAGAGACGUCGUUCUGCGGAAGCAAGCCGACGCUAGUUGACAAUCUGAUAGAGCCGUCGAAGCCGGAGACUGACGAUCUCGAGAAGAUACUCCUGAAGCGGGAAGCCGAUACCACAAAAGCAUUGAUUCCUGAGAGUAUUAAAGUGCCUAUAGUAGGUGGUAAUCUCAAGCCGGAUCCGUUGGACAAGCCUAGAAGACGCGGUCGUGAGGAAAGGAAAGAAAUCUUUAAACGAGAAGUGGAAAUCACUAAAAGAUUUUUGGAAAAAGUUAACAUAGAGGUACCAAUUAUCAAAAAAUUCGGUGAACAACAAGGAUCAACGUUGCAAGCACAACAGCAUCAACAACGUAAGCAACAGCAGCAGCAAUGCCAAUCAACAAAGAUUCAAAACCAGGAAGUUCAGAAACCCGCGACACUUGAUUUUAAUGACAAAAGGAAGAAAUCUCAAAACUUUAAGGAAAUUGUACAGACAACACCUACGACGAGUAGUCUCACCGGAAGUCCCAAGUUACCGAGACAUCAAAAAGUUCGUGAUCUUGAAGGUUCGCGAACGCCCAGUCCGUCGUCUGUCUCUAGAAAAAGUAGCUUUACUUCGUUGUUUAAGGCUAGAACCGAUGGCAGCGUAUUAAGUCCGGAAUCACCAUCGCCCAGCACAAAGCCACGACGGAGUUUAACAUCGAAAUUGAAGGACACUACGGAAAGCCUGAGAAGUCGUUCAAAGUCACGCGAGAGGGUUUCCGUCGACAAGGGUUCGAUGAAGAAGGACUCGAAAGCUAAGGGAAUGUUUUCAUCUACGUUGAGCUUGUUUAAAAAACGUGAGAGGAAGAAGAGCUACGAUGAGGCGAUUGCAGCCUCGUGCGACUUCGAAGUUGCCAGUGGGGACGAACAGCCAUCUCUGGAGAGCAUCGGUCAUGUAGAAUUUACAUUCAACACGGAGAAAGAGAGGAAUCGUCAAGAAGAUUCCAUCUUUAUUAGUUUGCACGCCGAUGACAGAAAUUACGAGGAAGCAUUGCCGUCGGAGAGCGUUUCGAUACCAUUGGAAACGCCAACGAAACUGUUGGACGAGUACGAUUCCGAGGGGCCGCAUACCGGCAGCAUAAUCACAGAGGUUUCGAUCGAGCACCAUCCGACACCAUCGUCUUCGAUAAACGUCGCUAAAAUUAGGGCCGAAGCGCAGAUAGAGACAAUUAUGGCGACGCAGACUGCGUUCGGAAGCUCAACCAAGGAUAAUCAGCUUCCGCAGAGCGUGUCGAAAGAUUCGCAUGUACUAAAAAGUUCAACGAGGGACUCGAAGAUUAGCGCGCAAGCUAACAAAAUGGAAACUCCGCCGCCACCGGUCAAGUCAUCGACUACGACAAAACCAGAUAUUAAAGUAGAAAUUAAAUCGACAGACUCGCGAACGUCAUCCGGUGGCUCAUCGAAAGAAUCUGAUGGCAAAAGGCCGGACAUAACGAAGCCGAAAAGAAAAAGCAAAGAGACUCAUCAUCAUCAUCAUCAGCAGCAGCAGCAGCAGCAGCAGCAGCAGCAGCAGCAGCAGCAGCAGCAGCAGCAGCAGCAGCAGCAGCAGCAGCAGCAGCAGCAGCAGCAGCAGCAGCAACAACAACAGCUAUCAGAAUUAUCCGACGAUGUAGUGAUGCAGCAGAAAAAGAUAAGCUCGGGAGAAUCUUGCCGACUUGUCCAAGAAACUAAAAGACUUGAUCUUCUCGAUGACAAGAUCAGCAAGCUGGAACAGGAAAAUUUGGUAAAAACGCCUAGUGUUAUAUCCGAUUUGGAUCACAACAGCUCUGAAUCCGAGAGAGAUUCGGAGAUUGAGUUUAUUCGCAAUAAGGUCGAAAAACUGGCUGAAGAGCUGCCGGACGAACGAAAGGGUCUCUUCUAUGAGGAGAGCUUUGAGGAAGAUCUUCCCUACGUACCGACGACGCUGCCAAUGGAAAAAAGUGUCGCUGUACCUAUUCUACCGGUUAAACAGCGACUUCAGGAAGUAAGAACGAUCCCUAUUGAGAGACCGCGUUCAACCACGCCGAUAAACCCGACUCUGCUGGAUGAAUUUGUGAUGCAGACAUCGUUAGAUGAGCGGCGCGUGGAACGGAUGAAGAUUUCUCUGCCGCGAGAGGAUAGUUUCAAGCUCAAAAGCCCGCGUCGGCAACACGCCAGUACAGCGAAUACAUUCACAGAAUUUGCGGGCAAGGUGCCGCCGGACGGUGGCCGCAAAACCGUUAAUCAAGGAAAAUCACCUAGUCCACCUCCACUGCCACCGAGAGCAUCAGCAGCAGCAGCAGCAGCAGCAGCAACAGCAGCAGCAACAGCUUCAUCGUCAUCGUCAUCGUCAAUAUCAGCAGCAGUGACAGCAACAGCAACAGCAGCGGCAGCAUCAGCAACAUCAGCAACAAGACCAAGCAACUGGAUCAACUUUGAAGAGAUACCUGAAAAGCGAAAAGCACCAAAACGGAUACAGACGAUACCGCGGCCAGAGGAGGAGAUCGCGAAGACUAUCAGCGGCGGUUACAAUUACGUGCAACCGGAAGAGUGCAAGUGCGAGUGCCACGAGGAGUCUAGACGGGCGUCCAUGCGGGAGGCAGCGGCGGCAGCGGCGAUGGCAGCGGCUGUCGCCGCCACUGCUACUGCCACUGCCACUACCACUGUCACUGCCGCCACAACUGGCACCAGUACCAGAACCUCCUCUUGCAGCAGCAAUGGCGAACGAGCGUGCAACGGCGAAAAUUGUACGGCGUCGACGACCGGAGGCGGCGGCGGCGGCGGCGGCAGCGGUAACUCGGUCGACCGCGCCAGUAUCGUCAGUGACAGCUCGUUGGAGUGUUCGCUAAGUAUCGACGACGGCCAGAGCACGCAGGUGCUUCUCGGCAAUUCGACGAAACCCUUCGCAAUGGAUCUCGACGUGCAUUCCAACAGGUCGAGCAUCAUAUCGCAGGACGAAAACGACGAGAAUCAGCACCAAUAAUAAUAAUCGUAAUAAUAAUACCCGCGUAGCGCACCCACGCCUUAGGAUCUUUGAACUUUCCUUUUCUUCGAGCGGAAAGAUGAAUCCGAGAGACACAAGUCGAGAGAUACAAUGGCGAGCGACUUGAUUCCACGAAAGAUAUAAGAGGAGAAGGUCCUUUUUUUUCUACAAGAAAAGGAGUUUCCAGAAGGAUCAUCUCGAAUGGAUUCAAGAUGACGGAAUCUCGGUUCUACGCAGCGCGCUUUUCGGUAGGUCGUGCGCAAGUCGUAACGCGCACGGAACUUCCGGUAGGCGAAAGCACAUCGCGCAAAAUCGGAUUUUGAGAUACCUUUCAUCGACACGAUGCUCUACACUCUCUAUCGAACCAUUUUCGCAUAAUCGCAUCGCGCGUCGGAUUUAUACACUUUCGCAUUUUACAAGUAUACAAAGUUUGCGUUAGCAUUGUUAUAUAUCGCUGUGAUUCUUUUUUUUCUUCGUCGGGCUGUGUGAUUCACCUUUCCUUGGCUCAUUAAAUGCGCGACUUUCUAAUCGAAGAGCUUAUUACUUAAUUUUUAUUUAUCCGUAUGUGAGAGAAAGAAAUUAAGUGUUGCGUAACGAACUUUAUUCCAAAUAUAAAUUUCAGUUUUUAAACGCGACAGCAAAAAGCGUUUUUCGUACCGAAUUUAAAAAUUUCUCUCACACGCAUACAUUAUCAGAAAGCGUUGUCAGACCUAAGGUACAUUGCACGUUAUUCACUCACAAAGAGUACUGAAAAUCUAUAUUACAUAUACAUAUGUAACGUAAACUAUAGAUUUUCAAUAGUCACAGUGAAUUUUCGGAGCAUAACUCUACAAAAGGACACCGCCCUCGCCCCGGCGAUUCGCUAAUGUUUCUACUAAUCUCUACAAAUUAGUCUCUAGUUCUUUUCAGACUACGGAGAAUCGCACCGCCGCGCGAGAUCUGUCGCGGUGAAACGCUCGGGCGUCGCUCGUAUCUCGCGCUCUCUUCCCGUGACCAAGUCCUGGAACUAAGAAAGUUGUAAAAGUUGUACAAUACACGCAUACACACAUUAUUUUAUCAACCAAUUAUUACUAUUAUAUACACACGGACGAUGAAACGAGAACUCGCGGUGUUCGAGCGAGCUUUCGAAGCUUCAUAUCAUGUAGAUAAGCGUAGAUUUAUAGACACGUAUAUUUCCGUGGGCACGUUGAUCUUGUACCAAAGUUAAGAAGUUUAUUCAAUGUUGAGCCGGAGGAACCGGUACGAUCAUAUAUUGAUCAAUUGUUUUUCAAA